GCGCGGUAGGUUUGUUUCUUCAUGGCGGCCUCCGAAGAUUUUGUGGAGUGGAUACUGACAAAGGAUUUCACAAAUCUGCAUUAAACUGAACUGUCUGAUUUGCUGCAGGACAGGAGAUUAGAUGUUGCUGCUGCACUUGCUGUAGGAGAUGGAGACAGUGGAGCAGUCAGAAGGUCAAUCAUCUCUUGAAGUGAAGGAGACCAAAAUGGUGACAUCUCAUGGAGUUAAUGGGGAGACAGAGCCACAUCUUCCUGUAAAAGAUGCCUGCAAAAGACAGUCGCCUCCAUCUUCACCAUCCUGUAAUUCUCCGGAAGCACUGGUGAACUCUGGAACCAAUAAUCCCCUGAAUGUCAACUUGAAAGAGAGCAAAGCCUCUCUUUUAGAUGCAGAUGGUGAUGUUGAACCCAACAAAUCCAUUUCAGUUCAGCCGAUUGAGCACGACUGUGUAGAACGCUUUUGUUUGUCUGAAGUGACUAACUCUGAAAAAUCAGAUGUAUCAGAGAAGGCAACAAUAGAGAAGGUAAUUUCCAAAGGCAGGUGUGAUACCGAUAACCUUGAUUGUGCAGAGGAAAGGGAUGCUUCUAGCACAGGUUUUGGUGAAGUCUUGCCAAAAGGUGGUAUUGCCUCAGAAGUUUGCUCCUCAGAUAAAAACAGCGGUCAAGUGGAGAGAGGGAGUGAUCAAGUGACCAAAGCUGCAAAUGAAGCAGAAAUAUGUGCACAUGAUCCAGAUGCAUCUUCUGAGGAAAGCAAGAACGGUGGAAAUGAGUCUGAAAAAGAAAAUAUUCCUGUGGCUGACCACAUGAAAAUCAAAGAAGCUCAAAGUGAGACUGUGGGUGGACUUUUUAAUGAAGAAGGUAAACAGGAUGAUUCUAAAAAUUGUUCAAGUGGUGGCUGUGUACCUCAUGUUGAGAAUACUAAAGCUGUUUUUAGUAAGCUAGUUGAAGAGAGAAUUCCACAGAAUGCAGAAUCUGUCAGCAUGGAUGAUGGGGAGAAGGGUAUUGCAGAGCAUCCAACAACUGAUGACGAUGUCAAGCCAGUUGUCAUUGUGAAAGAGAGUGAAGCGGAUAACAUGAGAAUAAAAACAGAACAGCCUUGUAGUGAAAUGUCCUCUGGAAACAGUAACUUUCAACACCCCCUUGGAAAAUCUGUGCCAGACUCCUCGGCUACAAAACCCGCAAGCAAGAUGAAGGCCAGAAAAUCAGGACAGCCUGUCCGGCAGGCACCCAUGAUAAUCCGCAAAGAUGGCAGCACUUCUGAACCAGGGACCAUCAAGAUCACCAAUCUUCAUCCAACAGCAAACAUCACUUUGAAACUUUCAGAGUUGGAGGAAAUGUUAAAAGUGAAGGACAAAUGUGUCAGACCAUUUGCAGGUGGGGAAAAUGCAAAGAAAGAUCGAAGCAGUGAUGGUGGAAUGUCAAGAAUGGAUACAGCAAACAGUGUUGCAGAUUCAAUCAAGGUGGAGCCUGAGGAUUCUGAACCUUCAACUUCCCAGCAAAGUAAAGACGUGAAGGCCAAAAGAAAACUCAGGGUUAAACUUAGAAAAAAGCGGCGACGUGGCACUUACGAUUUUCCUGGCAAAAAACCUCAGAAAAAGAAACGACUUUCUGGGAAAGAAAGUGAUGAUGAAUCGUGUUUCCCAUGUAAUGAUAAGUUGUUUGAUCCUUUGAGACAUGUUGGUCGAAAAUCUAUAGGAUCACCUCGUAAACAAUACAACGUCCUGGAUUUAUUGACCAAAAACUCACACAGGGCUUUUAUGAAGAGGCGUAACACCUUUAUACGUCGCAAAUGUCGUGAAAGUCCUCUGAAAGGAAAAUCUAUUAUGGACAUGUUACGGGGAAAAAGGCGGACUUCUGGAGACUCUGGCACUGAAUCUGCAGGUGUUGUGCAUGAAAAAAUGUCUGCAACUCACAGCUCACCAAGUAAUUUGGCAACAGGGGACAGCAAAAACAGUGAACGUUUGGAAAAACAGCGAAAGCGAAGAAUUUCAGCUGAAAGUGUUCAGUCUUCAACUGUGCGGGAAGAUGACAGUGCAGCCAUUGCAGGAAAACGUCAGAAGACAGAGGAUAGUCCUGACACUCCUCCCCCUGUGCUGCAGCCGGUGGUGAUGGUGGUCACCAAACAUCUCCCCAACACACCAGGGCUGCGCUCCAUCUUACCAAAACUGAGUGCCUCCAGCACUCCUUCCUCCCCCUCCUCCCAAGCCACUCCUGUUGUGGUACCUGCUGGACAACCAAUCCUCCUGGCCGCGUCCUCACUGCUGGUGCCAGGAAGUAAAGUCUCUCUCGUGCCUGCUACGUUGACCGCUGGUGCCAAGACUGCACUGCCUCUGCUGACCAGCCUGGCUCCUUCGUCUGCUGCUGGUGUGACCAGAGGCGUGGCAACCUUGCUCAACUUUCAGCCCAAAUCCUCACACCCCCUUGCCAAAAGCUCAGAUGCCUUGAGAGCGUUGCUGACAAAGUCCGCCUCCCUGGGAAAAACUGUGUCGGUGAUACCAGGUCCUCUCACCACAGCCACAGUAGUUUCAGUUCCAACCUCAACCUUGAUGACCUCAACAACCAUGUCGGCAGCUUUAGAUAAAAGUCAGGUUGUAAACAAGAUAAGCAUGUCAUCCAGGUCUACAGCCAAACCGAUGUCUUCAUCUUCCUCCACCACCUCCUCUUCCUCUUCAUUAUCGGAUGCUGCCGAGGCCAAGUCAUCGAGAUCAAUGCCAAAUGGUCUGUCUCUGCCUGUGACACCACCCAAGACACCAGAAGAAGAAUCAAAUACGGAUGGGUCUGUUUCGUUAACAACCCCAGACAGUGAUGUUGUUCCACUUUGUUGCUGCAAGAUUGGUGGUGCCAAUUUCUCCCGAUUAUCAACAGGGGCAACUUAUUGCCAAGCUCUGGACUCUGUUGAUGGAAAGGUCCUUGGUUGCUGUAACAAAGUGACAAACACACAACUGGUGCGUCCAGGUGUUAAGAUUCCAUUCAUGGCAGUCUGCGAGGUGCAUCGCAAGCGCCUUAAAAUGCAUCAGUGCUGCCCUGGCUGUGGACAUUUUUGCACUCAGGGAAAAUUUUUACAAUGUCGUCGAGAAGGGGGAAGCUCAGUGCACAACUUUCACAAGCAGUGUCAGACAGUUCGUGAUGCACGGCUUUUCUGCCCUCAUUGUGGGGAAGAAUCGGGACAGAUGGAGGUUAAUCUAACACUCCACGAACCUAGACCUAACCAGUCAACAGAGCAGAUCCGUGCCAACCUUCGAAAGACAAUUUUAAAGGCCAAAAUGAGCUUUUCCAUGCUUAAAAAAUCCACAGGAGAAGCACAGCCUGGGACAGCAGUCACUCUUCCUAAUUCUAAAACAAUAUCCACAGAUGGUUUACCAACAGGUCCAGAUAAAGGUUAUCUCGAGAAGCUUUUGAAACUAUGCAUUGCAAAGGAAGAAAGGCCAAAGAAGUACCGUGUUCUGCCAAAGAGCAUGUAUCAGCCAGCCUCUGAAGGUGACCUGGAUAAAGUUUUUUAUAUGCUGAUGGAUGGCAUGGAUCCAAACCAAAGGUGUGAAGAGCAGGAUAACCAGACAGUGAUGCAUGCUGCAGUGUACUCUGGGAAUUUAGGGCUUGUCUAUCUGCUGAUACAUUCAGGAGCAGCCAUACACACACCAGACAAGUCCCUGAAAACUCCAUUAAUGGUUGCUGCAGAGUGUGGUUAUCUCAGUAUUAUGAAACUGUUGGUCACUGCAGGAGCUCGUCUUGAUGAUAGGGGAGAGGACAACAUGACUUGUCUGCACUAUGCUGCCAAGGCAGGUCACUUGGAGGUCAUUCAGUACAUUCUGGAUGUCAGUGCUGUAGACAUCAAUGCCACUGAUGAAGGUGGCUGGACGCCUAUCAUGUGGGCUACAGAGUCACAGCUGGUUGAAGUAGUGCAGUACUUAGUCUCACGUGGUGGUGAUCCCAACAAGAAGGACAAUGAAGAAAACACAGGACUUCACUGGGCAGCCUAUGCAGGCAGUGUGCAAAUCACAGAGCUUUUUAUGGAUAUGGGUUGUGAGUUGGAUACACCCAAUGAACAUGGUGACCGCCCACUGCACAUUGCGGCACGUCAGGAUCAUUAUGAAGUGGUUGUGGUUCUUCUUGCAAGAGGGGCCAAUGUUGAUGUCAGAAACAACAAGGAUGAAACUCCAAUAGCUUGCUGCUUGGAUCAGAACAGUCAAGUAUGCAUGGCACUCAAAGUUAAUCGACAGCUGCGCAGUUUUGCAUCAAAACUGUCCAGACCAGAACGCCUCUUGCACAGAGAUAUAUCUCUGGGUCGAGAGAAGAACCCUCUGCCGUGUCUGAAUGCUGUAGACAAUGAGCCAUACCCCACAGACUAUCUGUAUGUCAACCACAAUGUUGAAACACAAGAUCUCCAUAUCAAUGCCAUUAUCACUAGCUUGCAGAGCUGCCGAUGCAAAGAUGAUUGCUCAUCCCUAUACUGUGUUUGUGCACGCAGUAGCAUUAAAUGCUGGUAUGACAAGUUUGGUCAUCUUAUGGAGGACUUUAACAUGGUAGAUCCUCCACAUAUAUUUGAAUGCAACCGAGCAUGUCGAUGCUGGGUCAACUGUAACAAUCGUGUUGUUCAGAAUGGCAUUACGUGCCGGCUCCAGGUUUUCCGUACUGUAGGUAGAGGUUGGGGAGUGCGAUCUCUUAUGGACAUUCCAAAGGGAACCUUCAUAUGCGAGUACAUUGGGGAAUUGCUAUCUGAUUCAGAAGCUGACCGACGUGAAGAUGACUCUUACCUUUUUGAUCUGGAUAACAAGGAUGGAGACACAUACUGCAUUGAUGCUCGCAGAUAUGGAAAUGUGGCUCGCUUUAUCAACCAUCGAUGUGAGCCAAACUUAAUCCCUGUGAAGGUCUUUAUUGAACAUCAGGACCUUCGCUUCCCACGGAUCUGCUUCUUUUCAUCAUGUGAUAUUAAAGCCUACGAGGAACUGGGAUUUGACUAUGGAGAAAAAUUCUGGAUCAUAAAGUGGAAGCAGUUUACAUGCACAUGCGGUUCCCCCAAAUGCAAAUACUCCAGUGAAACCAUCCAGCGCACAUUGGCCGAGUACCGGGCUCGCCACGAGGAUGAGGAGGCCACGCAGGAGACUUGACGGGGGCAUCUUUUGCCAUCUUGCCAAAUUUUUGUAUUUUCCAGUUCUGCUCUAGUUCGAAGAACUGGUUCUAAUUUGAGAAACUGGUUUUAGUUGAAGGGACGUCCUUUUCUGCAGCAAUUGUUCAUAUUUAGAUGCCUUGGGUGAGGAGCAUUGCAUGGAAAUUCUUAAAAACUGAUUUAGCCUUCUUGGCAGCAAUGUUAGUGGGCCUUGCAGCAGGGGUGUGUGUGUGCGCACGUAUGUUUGUGAGGGAGGGGGAGAUAAAUGAAGAGAGUGAAAUUGUGUGCGUGCACCCAGAGGAGCACACAAUUCAUGUUUGCAUAUCAGUUUUUUAUUUGUGAGAGGCUCUGUAUGGUUGUCUUUCAGUUUAUAUUAUCUCUUUUUUGAUUAUUUUACAUUUUGGGAAUGUAGUCGAUACCAUGAUUAAGUGACAAAAUACCAUUAGCUGUUUGAUGACUACAUUAUGGUUACGUUUAAGUGUACAUGCAGCAUAAACUAUAUAAGGUACAUAGGCCAUAUGUAAAGAAGAAUUUUUUUUAUUUAUUUAUCAUCGGGACACUUUAUGGAGCAAAUUUUUAGCAGUGAGUUAGGAAUAUUAGUUGCCCCACGCAAAAAAAUGAAAUUUAAAAAUAGUGGGAAAAGAGAUCAAUCACCAAACAGCAGUAGUAUUUACACAAAAUGUCGGCUUUUUACCUCCUUUUCUUAAUCAUAUUUGUAAGUUUUCACACAUUUUGUUCACUUUACAUUUAUUCAGAAAUAAAUUUAUUCCACAAUUGCAUAAAGUCAUACUGAUGUUGUAAAAGUUAUCAUUGUACAUUUACUGUCCUUACCAUUAACGUUUGUUAUUGGUAUAUAAUGUCCAUAUGUCAGUCUGCUAAAAAUGUUUGCAGUGAGAAGCAAUCCUUUAGAGGCUUAUAGCAACUCUUUGAUGCUCUGUUAUAUUGUGAAGAAGAUUUCAAGAUUUAAAAGAUAAAUUGUGUUGAAAUUUUAUGAUAGAUCAUUGGCUGCUUGUGAAGACGUGAACUUGAAUGUAUCGUGUCAGUCGUUACACCAUAGCUUUACUAGCUGUCCUCACGUCGUUACAUCGUGCCUCUAAUGCUUGUGAUUAACAACAUUGCAUUCAGGCCUAGCAGUGCAAAAUUGAAUACAUAACUGCCAAUCUAUUGGUUUUUUAAAAUCCCUAUUGUAUUAGAUACAUGUUUAUGCAUCUUCCUGGGAAAAAAUAUUUAUGAUUGUCCUUGAAAUUAAAUUAUGUAUUGAGAUUUUUAAUAAAAGUCAUAUAUGUUGAAAGCAUUGAAUGAAUCUUCUGCUCUUUCUUUUUCUCUUGUUCUUUUUUGGAAGAUAACUUGGUUAAUGCUAAUUGUGGCUGGUGAAGCAUUGUUUUUCCAUCUCAUCAUCAUUAUUUUCCUCUCAUUAUUUUCAUCUGACAUUUAAAAGAUGUCUGCUUUCUGCCUUUACAAACUUCAUAGGAUUUGCUAGUAGCAUUUUUCUUAGUUCUGUUUAAUAGCAAUAACUCUGUGAUGUCUGUAUUAUUGCUUCAGCUUCUGUGGGGAGUGUCUGUUUAUGUCCCUUUUUUUAAAAAAAAGCUUUGAAAAUGUAGUUGCAGAAAAUUUCUGUUACUUGUAGAAAUUGAAUACAUCAAGAAUCAUUGUAUCUCCUCACUCAUGUCAACAUCCACUGAUCCACGUUUCUCAUGUCUUUAUUUUUUAUUUAUUUUUUAUGUUUGUAGGGGGUUGGGUGGGUAUGAACACAUGUCUGCAAAACAGCAUGAACACAGUUCAGCAUCUGACCAUCAUUUAUCCAUAACAUGCAUCAAGAAUUAUUUUUUUAAUAUUACAGGACAUUUGGUAUAGAUACAGACCUGUUCAUUCUUUUAGAAAGUUGGAAAACGCAAAAGAACAGCCUGAUAUCUACAUUGUACAAGUUUCUGAUGAGCUAGCACCAUUGCUGAGCUUAGACCAAUAAAAAGGGAAAAAAAAAACAUUUCGCCCUAAAAUUUACAAAACACCAAAGAAAUAAGCCUUGUAUUCCUGUAAGAAAGUGAUUAAAAGGUUGAAGUGCAACACGACUUUAUUCAGAGAUGCAAUUCAGUUUAUCGCUCACCACGAUUCAGGCUAUGUUGCUGGUUACAGCAUCAAGUACCAGCAAAGCAGUCCUGUUUAGCACGUAUAUAUUAUAAAUCUUUAUAUGCUGUACAUUAACAAUUGUACAAAAAUGUUUUUGAAGUCUUUAGGGUCACAUGAAUUAUUAAACUGUUGUGUACUUGUUAAUUCUUGGUGAGGGAGAGACAAGAUGAGAAAAUGUUUAAAAUGCACUUUAAUGAUAACCAUUUACUCAUGAUCUUGUGAAUGGGUUUCUUUUCCGGAAAGAUUUAUCUUAGUAUCCUUUUUCUUUAAUGCAGUAGUUUUAUUUAUUUUACAGACAAAAAAGGUCUUUUCUUUAAGGUCUUUCAGGAAUUUGGAACCGUCAUACACAAAUUGAACCUCUGAAUUAUAUAACACUAUAUAUAGUUUUCCUUAUGUGUGAUUUCACUGUUUUUGUAUGCUAUACAAACAGUAUUGCCUAGUCUUCUCACAUGGGUUUAUUACUCUUUAGGACAUACAACUGUUUUUUUUUCUGUUUUCUAUUUUCUGAUAAUCAGAAAAUCCUAGAAAGAUUGUUCUCUGUGACUGAACUGAUCCAUGAUAACAGAAUGACAGGAUUUGUAUUUUGUCUAACACUGUGACCUAAAAAUAUUCUGUUGUAAAAAAAAGACUUGCUUCCUGGAUGGGAGUACUCUUUGCUUUGGCCUAGAAUAACCAGGUCUGGAUGUGGUUUAAAGAACACAUAAAGGGCAGAUUGAAAACACUUCUCUUCCUCUGGUUUUGUGUGGAAUCUGCGAUGCUCUUCAGAUUUACAGAUUGUUGUUAAUAUUGUUUCAUUGUUUAGAACCUGACAUGAAGACCACGGCAGCAUCUUGACUUUCUCCCAGAUGUUUAUGUUAAGGCUGAAAGUGAUCAUACCAUUUUCAUGCAAAACAAGAAUGUAUGUUGACCGCUCAUUACGUUUAUCGUGUAUGGACUUUGAAUGCCAAGCCAUACAUAAACUGUGGAUUAAAACUAACAAAUGAUAUUUUAAUUGCACCUUUGUCAGUAAAUACCAAGCUUACAAAGGGCUCACCAUCACUAACUGCUGAUCACUAUAUUCUAAUUAUUUUUCUAGAGGUUGAGUUCUGGUUUCUCAUGUGUUAUAUUCACAGAUGCCUUGCAAAGGUUGGGAAAGGGGAAAUGGUUACUUUUAUUACUCUGAUAACAUAAUAAAGGUAGUAUUAUAUAUUUAGAGUCGGGGAUGCAGGCCUUACAUGUAAUUUCAUUGUAUCUAAUGCUCAGUUCUUUUGUCGCUGGUGCAAUAUUAAAGACCCACGAUAAACUGA